AUGGCCGGCUUCAACCACCAGCCACUGCGCCACCGCUUCGUCCUAUUCGACCCGUCAUCCACCCAACCCGGCAAAACGGGCACUCACUCCCUUCCCGAGGUGGACGACGGCCACCCCAGACCAAGCGUAUCGGAUGAGACACCCCAGUUCUCCGCAUCUCUGAAUAACCUAGGAUACAGCCCUGUCCCGUUGACUGAAUACCUUGACAUGCUGCGUGCGCUGGGCGCCUCGUUCCCCGGGACCGGGAAACCCGUCAUCUUGUCCGUCACGGGCACCAGCGAGGAGGCAGUGCGAUGCUACGAGACCGUCGUCUCGGAAAGGGACACAAUCUCCUUCCCCCUCGCUGUAGAGAUCAACCUCAGCUGCCCCAACAUCCCCGGCGCACCGCCGGUUGCCUACGACGCCGCCGCCCUGACGACAUACCUACGUGCUCUACCCGUCGAGCCCGUCGUGCCGGUGGGUAUCAAGACGCCUCCGUAUACUCACACGGGGCAGUAUGACGCUCUCUUCGAGGCUCUGAUGGGUGCGGAUGCCGCGAGAAGACUCAGCUUCAUCACCUCGACCAACACACUCGGUUCGUGCCUUGUCCUGGACCCAGAGCUGUCAUCACCGGCUCUGCCCUCCGGCGGGAUCGGAGGCAUGGCUGGCCCGCCGCUGCACCCACUCUCACUAGGGAAUGUGGCUACCAUACGGGCCAUGCUUGAUAAGCACGCGGACCUCGCACAUUUGACCAUAAUUGGUGUGGGCGGUGUCAGCGACGGCCAUACAUAUCGUAAUAUGCGCUCUGUCGGGGCUACGGCCGUCGCUCUAGCUACAGGCCUUGGCAGACACGGGACUGCCAUCUUUUCCAGCAUCGAGAAGGAUAUUGGGUCAAAGUGGUAG